CAUGCAAGGCGGAGAGGAGACUCACCGAUGUCAGUUUCAGAUGGAAAAUCCCUUUUGGGCUGGUGUUGUGUUUUUUUUAAAAAAAUGCUAAUUUUUCCUCCUCUGGGGUCUCAAAGAGCUUCUGAGGAGGAUUCCCGCUUGGAAGAGACAGUUGCUGACAAGAGGAGUGGCUGCCAAGAGGCAGAGUGCAGAAUACAUUAGCAUAAAUUAUCCUGAAAGGGAGGGAGAGGUUAGGAUGAACAAGAACUUGAGAACAAGUAGUGCACAAAAAAUUGAUGCACAUUUUUUACCCCUUCAAAGUUAGAGGAAUGUUGGUUUAGCAAACAGAGUCUUCUGAUGCCACCUUGUGGUACGGAGGGGAAAAGCAAACCCGAAAUAAUUGUGGAAGGAAAAUGAGUUUCUAUAGGGAAUAUCGUAGGGCAGGCUGUGUGGUGCACAAGUGGACAACUGGCCACAUUUCUGGGGGCUGGGAUACUUACAAAGAGUGCUUGGACUAGCUUGAUCUUGGUUUGACCCCACAAGAUAUUUAAUACUUUUAACCGAAAUAACACAUUCAACAUUAGCUGACAGGAGAGUAUAUAAGGCCUUAACUGUUAAGAGCUCUCAAGAGAUAGCACUCUUCUUUUGUAAAUUUAAAAUGUGUUUGCAAGUCACGGGCCCACUAAACUAUGCUGGAGGGAAUUGAAGUAAAGCUCUCUUUCCCCUGCCCCCACAUUGGUCUUCAGCUAUGAGGGCCCAAUUUGGCUGCUAUUCACUCAGUUAACAACAAGCCCACCAGCGAUAACAAUGGGCUGAAUGUUGGGUACCUCUUCACCGACCCAUACUUUCAAGCUUGCCCCCAAUCAAUUGGAACAUGGAUGCCACAGCCUGGCUUAGUGGAUACUCGGGGACUGGUUUGGAAGAGGCCGAAGGACAUCUCCAAGCCUCGAUUCCCAACAUUUGUCCGUGAAGGGAUGUCUCGGUUUGAUGUUCGCCAGGGGAGAUAUCUGGGGGAUUGCUGGUUCCUAGCAGCAGCUGCCUCCCUCACCUUGUACCCGCGGUUCCUGCACAGAGUGGUUCCUCAGGAUCAAAGUUUUGGCAGAGAGGACUACGCUGGCAUCUUCCACUUCCAGUUCUGGCAGUACGGACAGUGGGUGGAUGUGGUUGUGGACGACCUGCUGCCUACUGUGAAUGGAGAGCUGCUGUUUGUGUACUCGGCUCAGAAUGACGAGUUCUGGAUGCCAUUGUUGGAGAAAGCCUAUGCCAAACUGAAUGGCUCCUACAUGGCUAUGGAUGGCGGAUUCAUGAAUGAGGCCUUUGUGGACUUCACUGGUGGAAUUGGGGAAGUGCUCUCCCUAAAAACACCCAACUCAAAGCUCUUCAAGAUCAUCCAGGCAGCAGUGAGCAGGCGCUCUUUGAUGGGGGCACACUUAAAGGUUAAAAGCUACGCGGACAAGGAAGCAGUAACGGCAGAGGGGCUGGUGAAGGGGCAUGCCUACUCCAUCACGGGGGCCCACAAGCUCAGCAUGGAGGGCAAGAAGGUGAAGCUUUUGCGGCUGCGGAAUCCCUGGGGCAAGGAAGAGUGGAAGGGCCGCUGGUGUGACAGCUCACCACUGUGGUCCUAUCUUGAUCCUGAACUCCGGAAGAAGCUGAAUGAGAACAAGGAAGAUGGGGAAUUUUGGAUGCAACUGGUUGAUUUUAUACGUUAUUUUGAUGGCCUGGAGAUCUGCCACUUAAGUGCUGAUGCACUAGAUGAGGAGGGAACUCCCUCUAGCUGGGACAUCAAGUACUUCCAAGGGAACUGGACCAAAGGUCUUAAUGCGGGUGGAAUGCAGAACAACUACUGGAAGGACACUUUCUGGAUGAAUCCCCAGCUCCAUGUCUCACUGCAGGAGCCAGAUGAGGAUGCAAAGAAAAAGAAUCCCACCUGCACCCUCAUUGUCUCUCUCAUGCAAAAGAACUGGCGCAGGAGCAGCAGGACCAGGAAGGUCACCUACAUCAGCGUCUUCCAGGUGUCCAAAGAGUAUCUACAGCUAAAGAGCACAGCUGAAAGAAGAAAACUGCUCCACAGCCUCAAGGCAGUCUGUCCUCCUUUCACUGAGUUUAAAAGGGAUGUCACAGGAUACCUCCAGCUGCCCCCUGGGGAUUACCUGAUCAUCCCUAGCACUCAAAAGCCUAUGGAAGAGGCAGAAUUCACUCUCUGCAUCUAUAUCAAGAACAAACACCAGCUCUUGGAAAUUGAUGAAGAAAUAAACGCAGAUGGGAAGACACCUCAGGUGAUGCUACCGCUCAAGGCUGGGCUAGAGCAGCAGCUUGAGAAAACUUUCCUGGAAUGGGCAGGUCAGGACCAGCAGAUGGGUAUUGCUGAACUCCAGGGCCUUCUGACUAAAACGAUGGCCACCACAAGUCAACUGAAGAUGGAUGGCUUUUCCAGAGAGGACUGCCAGAAAAUUAUCCAGCUUUUCAGUGACAGUGGGACAGGCAGGCUGACACUACACGAGUUUAGCCAAUUCUGGACUAAGAUGAGAGAAUGGGAGGGCAUAUUCUUCACGUAUGACCAAGACAGGUCUGGCACCAUGAACACCCAUGAAAUGCGGAUGGCAUUGGACGCUGCAGGCUUCCACUUAAACAAGCAGACAUUUGAGGUCCUUGUGACAAGAUACAGCAACCCUUGGCUUCAGAUAGACUUUGACAGCUUUAUAUCCUUCAUGGUGCACUUGGAAAGCGUCUUCGGGAAGUGCAAGAGCCGGGAUGCUAAUCAGGAUGGACUGAUCUACAUGACUAGGGAGGAGUGGAUGGAACUCGUCACCUCCCCCUGAUACAGAAGAGCUGACCCAGCUGGCUCCCACUCUCAAUGGAUGACUAAUGAAUUCUAGCUAGAAGCAUCAGCAGAGAUUAUAUUAAUUAUCUGCAUUCUGCAAUCAGAAUGAAUUAGGCACUAUAGAAAAACAGUUAUUAUGCAGAGCAUGAUUAAAAGAAACAAAUACAGGCUUUUGGCGCAUUAUGGUUACAGCCACGUUUUUCUCUUUAAACUAACUUCUGCAUUUGGUGACUGAAGACACAAGUCAAGUCUGGUUUUUUGCACUGCCAUUGCUGACCCUUUCCUGUGGAGACCACUGUGCCCCCGGGUACAUCGGGCUAUCUCUUGCUCUGCCACCCUUAAUGGUGCCCAAGACCAACCCCCUGUGGCUCACCCCAAGGAUGCUCCCUGGACCCUUUCUGCAAUACUCAAGCAGAGGGCAGUUGUCCUUCCAAGAAGCAGCCCCCCACCCCGUCCUUUUCAUAUUGCAAAGCAGUCUAUUUCUCUUUUUGAAAACAGAAAAGCCAAAACAAUUCCUAUACCGUUUUUAAAAAGAAGAGCAAUUUAAUUUACACAGAAGUACUAAAUGUACAUAAUUCUGUUUAAAAAUUGUUAUAUACAAUAAAUACAGUACAAAA